AGCACGGCGCGGCGGCCAAAACCCCAAAUCCCCUCGACUUGGGAGAAAAAGCCAACCGAAUCAGUCGUGCCGGCGGCAAUGGCGAAGGGCGGCGGCGAUGAGGAGUUCUACCUGCGGUACUACGUGGGGCACAAGGGCAAGUUCGGGCACGAGUUCCUCGAGUUCGAGUUCCGCCCCGACGGCAAGCUCCGGUACGCCAACAACUCCAACUACAAGAACGACACCAUGAUCCGCAAGGAGGUCUUCGUCUCGCCCUCCGUAGUCCGCGAGGCCAAAAGAAUCAUCGAGGAGUCGGAGAUUAUGAAGGAGGACGACGUCAACUGGCCCAAGCCCGACCACAUUGGUAGGCAGGAGCUCGAGAUCGUUAUGGGCAACGAGCACAUCUCAUUCGCCACCUCCAAGAUUGGAUCCCUUGUCGAUAUUCAGACAAGCAACGACCCCGAAGGCCUACGCAUCUUCUACUACCUCGUCCAGGAUCUCAAGUGUUACGUGUUUUCACUGAUCAGCCUCCACUUCAAGAUCAAGCCAAUUCAGUCCUGAGCUACAUUCCCUCCCCUAAUUCUGUUCUGGCACUGCAAGUUUUCGGGAACCCUGUAUCAUGUACAAUCCUGUGAGCGACAUGAUGCACUUGAGCACUGGGCGCAACCUUUUGAGCCUGCCUGGGGUUAUUGCUGGGAUUGUACAGACUGCGAGUUCUGAUAUUCCUGUUUUUUUUUUCAGUUGGGUGGAGUUUAUUAUGAUGAGUUAAUUAAGGUUUUGC